UUGGAAGAACCGGGAUUUGAAUUACUUGUUCAAAACUUAACCAAGGUAAGAGAACUUAAUCUUAGACAUGUAAACAUAUCUUCAGUGGUUUCGAAUUCCUUGCUCAAUCUGACUUCUUUAACACUUCUCGAUCUUUCUUUCUGUGGAUUGCGUGGAAAAUUUCCUGAUGGAAUAUUCCAUUUACCACAUCUGAAUGAGCUGAGAAUAAUGGUUAAUCAUGCUCUCACUGGUUAUUUUCCCGAGUUUAUAAACUCGAGCAGUACACUCCAGUACUUGGCGCUUUCGGUCACUAAUUUCUCUGGAGAACUACCCGACUCAAUUGGGAAUUUGAAGUCCUUGACAGCGUUGUAUGCCGGUCGUUGUAAAUUUUAUGGAUCCAUCCCUACGUCGCUCGGAAACCUUACGGAAAUGACUGGUUUAGCCAUCGGAUCUAACAAUUUCACCGGCAUGCUCCCAUCUUCACUUUCAAACCUUGGAAAUCUCGUCGGAUUGGGAGUUCAGUGUAAUAAUUUUGAAGGUAAAAUUGCAGAUUUUUUACCUAAUGCAAAAAGUUUUAUUUAUUUAUAUGUUUGUUCAAAUAACUUCAGCGGUCCAUUCCCAUCAUUGGUUGCAAACCUAACAUCACUUCUUGUGUUAGAUUUGUCGAAUAAUCAGCUAACAGGACCUCUUCCAUCUAGGAUCUUUAGCUUACCAGCAUUGAAUUACUUCAACCUCAGUAAUAACAAAUUGACUGGCCAUGUAAAAGAGUUCAAAUCCACUGAUUUAAUUGUUAUUGAUUUGAGCAAUAACAGCCUAUAUGGUAGGUUUCCAAGUUCAACCUUCAAACUCGUGAACCUUUCUAGUCUCAUUCUUUCAUCAAAUAACUUCAGUGGUGAGCUAGACAUGCUCUGUCAUGCUGUUUCCCUUCAAUUACUUGUCCUGUCUAGUAAUAGCUUUAAUGGUUCUAUUCCACAAUGUUUAGGAAACUUCAGCACAUAUUUCUCUGUGCUCGAUCUGCGGAAGAAUAAUUUUUCUGGCACAAUUUCUAAUACAUUUGUAAAGGGAAAUUCCUUCAAAAUUAUCAACCUUAAUGGAAAUGGAUUUGAGGGUACAGUACCAAAAUCUUUAGUCAAUUGCAAAAUGCUACAAGUGGUAGAUCUUGGAUGUAACAAGUUCUCUGACAAAUUUCCAUUUUGGUUGGAAAAACUACGUUGGUUGCAAGUUCUAAUUUUGAGCUCUAACAAAUUCCAUGGACCUAUGCCAGCUUCCAAAGCCAAAUUUCCUUUCCUUAACUUGAGAGUUAUGGAUUUGUCAGACAAUUAUUUUACUGGUCCACUACCAAAAACAUAUUUCAAGAAUUUCGAUGCAAUGAUGAAUGUCAUAGAAGCCAAUUUUAAAUUGCAAUACAUAGAGAAGACUGUUGUUGGUGUUGUUGGUGCUAUGUAUCAGUAUCGAUAUCAUUAUCAUGAUUGUUUGACUAUGGUAAUCAAAGAAUCAACCAUAGAAAUGGUAAAAGUCCUAACCAUUUUCACUGUAAUUGAUUUAUCGAAAAACAAUUUCGAAGGUCAAAUUCCACAGAUCAUUGGAAAGUUAAAUUCAAUCCGAGGGCUCAACUUGUCUCACAAUAGCCUUACAGGUCAUAUUCCAACAUCUCUGGCUAAUUUGACAAUGCUCGAAUGGUUAGACCUCUCUUCCAACAAACUCACUGGGGAGAUCCCUCAACAAUUAAAUAAUUUGAAAUUCCUUGAAGUCUUAAACCUUUCGCAGAAUCAACUAAUAGGACCGAUACCACAAGGCAACCAAUUUGAUACAUUUUUAAAUGAUUCCUACAUUGGUAACUUGGCAUUAUGUGGACUUCCAUUGUCAGUUACAUGCAGUGACCCUUGCACACCACAACAAGAAGACGAUACGUAUUCUUCAAGUGGAUUCAAUUGGUAUGUCAUAUUGUCGGGUUAUGGAUGUGGGCUAGUAUGGGGACUUGUUAUGGGAUAUCUUAUGUUCUUUAGAAGAAAACCUCAAUAGCUUGUGAAGAUCAUUGAAGGUGAACGAAACGAAAGCAGAAAGAGAUUUAAAAAGCAUGCUCACAGGAACAGAGGAAGGUGAAAUUAGUGAAUGCAAGUGGUGUCCUUUUGGUGACAUGCAUGUCAAAUCCAAUAUGUUCAAGGAAUUCAGUGCAUUUCAAUUUGAUCUAAGUGGCGUAGCUUUUGGGGCCAUGGUGAAUUUUGGUCAAGCUGAUGCAUUACGCAAUGCUGGGAAGUUGCAAAUACAAU